AUGAUAAAUAUAGAAAAUAAAUAAAACAUUGGUUUGGUCAUUUGGCAGGUGUCAUUUUCUGCUCUUCGCGAGGACGUUGUCAACGUUCUGGAUUUCAUGGAGAGGUUAAAGAAUGAAGAAGAUCAAAAUGCUGUUGGCAUGGCUGAUCAAAUUAAAGAGCUGAAACUUGAGCUGGCAUUUAUUUGUACGUACGUCCAGCUUUCUCAUUGUGAUUUGGAAGAGUUUGAAGAUGAAAUGAGUGAUUCAAGACAAGACGUUGAGAAUCUGCUUCGGCCAAUUUUGGAUGAGAUUGACAACGACGGCCGGUGUGAAUACAACAUGGAUCAUGUACUUCCUAGCGUCAUGGAUAAUAAUGAUUGUACCAGUUUGUGUCAUUAUUCUACAUCAAGUGCCACCAUGACUGACGAGCAGUUGAACUUCCUCCUCCAGAAUCUCCAUUAUCUAUCCAUGUAUCUUGCUGAACAGAUUUUUCCAUUGGUGACUCAGUAUGAGAUUGUUCAGAAAGUGUGUGGCAACAUAAGAGAUUUCCAUGGGUUGAUUUUGAAUGGUUAUGUUGAGCACGAGAUUGUCGAAUAUGUCCUACCCCAACUUCAACGUAUGGAUGAAAAAGUUGGAAUCUUCCUCUGGGAUGAUCUAACUAGUAAUGACUCUAAAGUCUUCAAGCUAGCUCAUCUACGUAUGAAGAUUAUACCAAUUGAAUUGGAGGUGAUGCACAUAUGCUAUACAAAUUUAAAACCUUCACCAGCAGCAGAAGUUGGAUGCUUCAUCAAGCAGCUCCUAGAAACCUCUCCAGAAAUUCUUAGUGAAUAUCUGAUUCAUCUACAUGAGCACAUGGUAACUGUUACCUCCCCUAGCACUUCAGUGGCUCGAAACAUUCAUGUCACGAUAGAGUUCCUAUUAAUUGUUCUUACUGAUAUACCGAAGGACUUUAUUCAUCAUGACAAAUUAUUUGAUCUUUUGGCAUGUGUUGGAGCACAUCAGGAGGUAUCAACUCUUGUUCACGACUUAGAAGAAAAAUCAAGGAAUGAAGAGAGUACCAAUGAAACAAGUCGUGCAGCUCUAGACUUGCUGAAAAAUAUUGAACUCCUCAAGGAAGAUCUCAAAUAUGUUUAUCUGAAAGCCCCGGACUCAUGUCAAUGGAGCUUCCCCAUGAGCGAUGGACCUCUCCUCUUGCAUCUUCUACACAAACACCUAAAUGAUUUACUAGAUUCCAAUGCUUAUUCAAUUGCUUUGAUAAAGGAAGAAAUUGAGUUGGUGAAAGAAGCCCUCAAAUUCAUAAGAUCGUUCAUCGUGAAUGUUGAGCAAGGAUUGUAUAAAGAUCUCUGGGCACGUGUGUUAGAUGUGGCAUAUGAGGCUAAAGAUGUCAUUGAUUCAAUUAUCGUAAGAGAUAAUGGGCUCUUGCAUCUUAUUUUCUCUCUUCCCAUCACCAUAAAAAAGAUCAACACUAUCAAAGAAGAGGUCUCCCAAUUACAGGAGAAGAUUCCAAAGAACAAGAGCCUCAUUGUUGUAAACUCUCCCAAGAAUCCAGUUGAAAGAAAGUUAUUUACAAAUGGUAAAAUAAUUGUAGGUUUUAAGGAGGAGACAAACUGGUUAAUUAGUAAAUUCACCAGUGGAUCGAAAGAUCUAGAUGUCAUUUCAAUCACUGGUAUGCCGGGUUCGGGCAAAACUACUUUGGCGUACAAAGUAUACAAUGAUGAAUCAGUUUGUCGUUGUUUCGACCUUCGUGCAUGGUGCACAGUCGACCAAGAUUAUGAUGAGAAGAAGUUGUUGAUGAAACUUUUUAAUCAAGUUACUGGCUCGGAUUUGAAGUUCAGUGAGGAUAUUGAUGUUGCUGAUAAGCUGCGGAAAAAAUUGCUUGGAAAGAGGUACCUAAUUGUGUUAGAUGACGUAUGGGACACUACUACUUGGGAUGAUUUAACAAGACCUUUCCCUGAAGGUGAGAAAGGAAUUAGAAUUCUUUUGACGACUCGGCAACAGAAAGUGGCUUUUCAUGGAAAGUGCAACACUGAUCCUCUUAACCUUCGAUUGCUAAGACCUGAAGAAAGUUGGGAGUUAUUAGAGAAAAGGGCAUUUGGAGAAGAGAGUUGCCCUGAUGAACUAUUGAAUGUUGGAAAAGAAAUAGCCGAAAAUUGUAAGGGACUUCCUUUGGUGGCGGAUCUGAUUGCUGGAGUCAUUGCAGGGAGGGAAAAAACAAAGUCUGUGUGGCUUGAAAUUCGAAAUAAUUUGAAUUCCUUUAUUUUGAAAAGUGAAGUUGAUGUGAUGAAAGUUAUAGAAUUAAGUUAUGACCAUUUACCUCAUCACCUGAAGCCAUGCUUAAUUUACCUCGCAUCUUUUCCGAAGGACAGAGCAAUGGACAAAGACGAGUUGAAAAGGUGUUGGCAUGCUGAAGGGCUUGUCGAACAGACGGGGAUGAAGAGUGUGGAAGAAGUGAUGGAGGUUUAUUUUGAUAAUUUAAUUUCCAGUAGCUUGGUAAUUGCUUUCAAUGAGAUAGGUGAUGAAGCAACUUGCCAAAUUCAUGAUCUUGUGCACGACUUUUGUUUGUUAAAAGCAAGAGAGGAAUACUUGUUUGGACGGGUAAGUUCAAGUGGUCCAUAUUCUUCUUCACAUUUGAUGCCACGCACAGUAAAUAUUGAUGAUGAUAAGGAGCACUUUGAUCUGAACAAUUUCGUCCUGUUCAGUUCAAAAAUGAAAAGGCACCUUUGUUCUUUGAUGAUAACUGGAAACGAGAUGGAAGAUCUUCUUUCUGAUGCAAGUCACCUAAGAAACUUGAGGCUUCUUAGAGUGUUGACCCUGCUUCUGUUUAUGAUGGUGACAGAUUCUUUGCUGAAUGAAAUAGGCAUGUUGAAUCACUUGAGGUUCUUAUACAUUGGGACAGAAGUUAAAUCUCUGUCUUCAUGUUUCUCAAACCUUUGGAAUCUAGAAACCCUAUGGGUUGAAAACAAAGGAUCAACUUUGGUACUAUUACCUAGUAUUUGGGAUCUUGCAAAGUUGCGAGUGUUGUUCAUGACUGCUUGUUCUUUCUUUGAUAUGGAUAUAGAUGAACCAAUACUUAUAGCAGAGCACUCGAAGUUAGAGAACUUGAGAGAUUUAAGGACACUCAUGCUUUCCUAUUCAAAAGAAAUAGUGGAUAUUUUCAUAAGGUUUCCCAAUCUUCAAAGUCUUGUAUUUGAUCUCAAGGAAUCAUGGGAUUACUCAAAAGAGCGAUAUUGGUUCCCGAAAUUGGAUCACUUAGCUGAACUAGAUUACCUUAGAGCAAAUUUUGAAAGUUCAAAUGCAAAUGACUGUGGGGCCUCUCUAGCGACAAAUUGGUCGUGGGAUUUUCACUUCCCUUCCAAUUUGAAAACAUUGGUGUUGUAUGACUUUCCUCUGGCAUCAGAUUCAAUAUCAACAAUAGCGAGACUGCCCAACCUUGAAGAGUUGUUCCUUAUGAGUACAAUCAUCCAAGGGGAGGAAUGGAACAUGGGGGAGGAAGACACCUUUGUGAAUCUCAAAUAUUUGGUGUUGGAAGAAGUGACGCUUGCUAGGUGGGAGUUUGGAGAGGAAGCGUUUCCCGUGCUUGAGAAAUUAGAACUGUCCAGAUUUCAUAAGCUUACUGAGAUUCCGCCUAAUUUUGGGGAUAUUGAUUCAUUAAAAAUUAUCCAACUUGACGAGAGCCCUUAACUUGAAGAUUCAGCUCUGGAGAUUCAACAAUAUGUUGAAGAUAUUAUGGGACGGGAUUUUGAGGUCCUUGGCCCGAAUAAUAUCCCAUUAUUUAAGUAGCUUGAAGAAUUAUGUGGGGGAAGCCUUGAGCACAACCAUAACAGGUUCUUCUCUAUUAUAUACGUGUGCUGUUCCGGUUCUUAUGUUUGAUGUCUACUAUAUGUCUGAUGAACUGUCUGUUCGUGAAUAAUACUAAGUCAAAAUUUAGCAAGUAUUUGUUGUUUUGUUUCUUCAUCUCAUUUACAUGUAUAAAAAUUUACAUUUGGCCCUGACCUUGGUAACUCGAAAAAAUAAGUAUCAAAUCUAGCUAUAUUCUUGUAUUCUUUACUUAUUUCAGUUUUCUUCUAUUCUAACUUCUUCCACCUAAUAAAAUUUUAUGCACAUUUUAUACAUCAGAUCGUGAGAACAUUGAAAGAAAUAGAAGGGGAAGUUACUUUGGUAUUGACUAUUGGAAAGUACAAUCAUGGAAAUAGGAAAAGAAAAUGAAAACAAACAACUCUUCUUUACGUCAAACAAUAGCCAUCAGUUGUUUAAAGAAUUGUUAGUCAAUAGUUCAUAAUCUGAAGCAUAAAUAAUAAAAGUUUAUUUCUUUCCAACUCAUUUCAGUUUUUUCAAGUUUUUGUAAAUCUUUCAAGAGAUAUCAUCAUCACAAAUAUGUGAAAUCCCAAUGCAACAAGAAGUGGAAUAUGUGCGUGCAAAGAGUUUGAAUUGUGAUAUGCAGGAUGGUGGAAUUCACGUGCACAACAAAUCAGCCACCGAUGAACAUUUGGAGUUGAGGGGCUGCUGUGUGUAAUGGUCAAUAUGUUCAAAUAGGUGCUAGCUGUACAACAUUUGGCCUCUUCUGCAACAUUGGUUGUAUUUUGUUACUUUGCUGGCGUACAGGCAGAUCCUGACGGAGUUCAGAUAAAUUUGCAGUAUGCUUUUCAAGACAGCUAUAAACUCGACGGCUUGAGCAGGUUUUGGGACGCAGUGCCAGCCUAUUUUUUCGCUUGUAUGUCAUGUUCACCAUAGCCUCGCGCCUUUGGUUUUAAGCCCUGAUCUUGGUAUGAUGAUCAGAGAGUCUUACAAGUUGCAGUGGCUGUCGGUGCGUGGUUAUGUUGACGAAAUCAGUCUUGAGGAUAUUGCCACCUAUUGUAAGGACCUUGAAACCAUAGGGCAUUUCCUUAUGCGCAAGAACUGAAUGUAUCCUUGACAGAGAGAGGCAUUGUAGCUAUCUCCGCGGGCUUCCCUAAGCUCCACUCAGUUCUACACUUCUGCCGCAAAAUGACAAAUGCCGCCUUAGUUACUAUUGCAAGGAACCAUCCUAACAUGAUCCGAUUUUGUGUGUGUUUAGUCAAGCCUCAAUCUCCUGAUUACCUAACCCUUGGACCGCUCAAUGCUGGUUUUGACGCCAUCGUCCAUCACUGCAAGGGAUUGCGACAACUUUCCCUUUUUGGCCUCCUUACAGAUCGCGUGCUAAGAAUCUAGAGAUGCUCUUCGUAUAUCUAGGCCUCCACAACGUCCUCUGCUUGGAGAUAUGAGACUGCUCCUUUGGCGGCAAGGCUGUAAGUCAAAGCUGGAGACGAUGCGGUAUCUUUGGAUGUCUUCUUGUUCAUUAAGUUAUGUCGCGUGUUUUCUGCUAGCUCAGAGGUUUCCAAGUGUUAAGGUCAUCCGGACAC